CCAACGCAUAUCCCAUUAGGGCCCAGGACACCAUUGAGGGAGAAACCGAGGACAGGACAGACGCUUCAGAGGAUCGAGGAUCAGAGGAGAAAAGAUCGAGAGAGAUCAACUCGCGGGACGAGCUCCAGUUCAGUUAUCUGUAAUUCGUAAAGCACCCUUUAUUCCAAGUCAUCUUUUUGACGAGUAUCUAUAAAUCUCGUCGCAGAUCAAGUUUUCAUAAGAUUAUCUUAACUUUAAACGUGGGGUCGGGCCUCGCAUCAAGUCGGGGAAAAACACGCAUCCUGGCUUUCCCGUAAACCGGGAUUCUUGACGCAAUAGCGAAAAAAAUGUCAAAGCCCGAAGCGAUGGAGGAUGACGGUGAUCCAGUAGUGAAGGAGAUUCCAGUAUAUUUGUCAAAAAGAUUAAACGACAAACUCUUUAUUUUCCAAUAUCCAAUGAAGCCAGCAUCUGACGGCUAUGAUAAUGCCACAUUUAUCAAAACUAACAUAAAACCAGACAAUCAAGAAGUUGCAAUUGAGGUUGAAAUAAAUACAAAUGAUCCUCAUUACAAUACCAACAGAGGUCAAGCUAUUGCAGCUACUGCUGUAUUGCCUUCAAAGCGUGAUGAAGAGGAUGAAAGGAUUUUUGACAGUCAUAUGAUGGACAAAAUAGUACUGCAAUCAUCCAGAGCCUUGCCAAGCUGUGAUAAUUAUGCAAUUGGAAUUUAUCAGGAUGGUGAAUUUCAUCUGACUCCAUUGAAGGGUAUCAUCCAAAUGCGUCCUCAGUUUAAUUAUCUCGAUAGAAUAGAUAAGAAAGGGAAAGACGAUGGAAAGAAUGAUGGGGAAGAUGCUGAAGAGGAAGAUGAGCCAGCAAAGCAAGUGAACGUUACAUUUGCCAGAAACGUACCAGAUUUCAUCAAAAAGAUGAGAGAACAAUCUUUUCAAACUCGUGCCAAAAAAAGUAUGGAGGAACAAUGGAUUAAAUGUGACUACAAACCAGCAAACAGUAAUUUAGCUGAGUUAACGAGAAUGGAAAUGAUUUGUGGCACAAAUGAUGAAUCUGUAAACAAUUUAAAUUUAAGCUCAAAACAAUAUUUGGACCUGUUAGCACCUCCCAUAAAGGAGGAACAAUUUUCAAAGGCUAACAUACCAAGUCACACAACCUCUCUCAGCUACAUACGUACACUGCCUUUACUUGAUCAAGUUCGAAUAUUAAUGAAGGAUGCCAAAGUCAUGUCUUUCGUUCAACUCAGAACUAUCUUGGCUUCUGAACACGAGACGAACGCCAUUUUGAAGUACCUGCAACAAGUGGCUGUUCUUGUACAAGGCAACUGGGUGGUGAAUAGUGAAUUGAUUUAUCCCAAAGACACUAUGUCCGCUCACAGCGGAAUUCCUGCCGAGCUCAUGUGUAGAGCCAGGGACUAUAUUCUCUUGUCCUUCACCGAGCACGAGUUCGUCGACAGGCGAGCGGUCUCCUCUGUGGUCAAACUGCCUGCCGAGGAGAUUCGCGAAAUCUUCACCAACAUAGCGAAACAUCAGCCGAAAAAAGGCUGGCGGCUGAUAGUCAACCCCAGCAAGGACUUUUCAGAAAGGUAUCCAGAUAUAGCUCAACGUCAGGAGAUGUUCUGGGAGGCCAAGCGCAAGCACCUGCGCGAGACCAUGGAAUCGCACAACCAGGCACCGCAGCGUCAAAGGCGGAAGUCAAAUCGCGAGUCAAUUGGAUCAGAGAACGAGGAGCGCAACGCAGGUCGAGGUGCUGCCGGAGGUCGCAAGUCUCUGCGAGAUUCGUCCGUCUCGGACAACGAUAGCGCAACCGAGAGCAUAAAACAAAAAAAAGCCAAUCGGGGCAGAAAGGUCUCGGAAACUUCAGCUAUGACGUGACCCAAGAUUGCAGGUGUAGCACAGCUGAUCAUGAGCAGCAAGAGAAAAAAGACGGCGGACAAGUGAGCUGCAUAUAAACAGUCGCGUGGAUCGCGCGUUGUCUUGAUAUACCACCGACGGAAAUGUGGCAGUAUCUUUUUUUACGUAUAAGCAGGUUAACACAGCAAGUUAGAUUUGACGAUAUUUUUUACUUUGAGAGGUUGCUGAAUAAUGUUUUGUACGAUUCGUGCGUGAAUUGCAUACAGCUAUUUUGUAAGCUUUACGAGAAUAUAAUGUACAUAUUCGACGGUAUGUACGUCAUUGUGUAGAUAACGAUAUUUAUCCAUAUUCGUUUUGUAUAUACAUAUGAUUGUUAUAUGUAUUCAUGUAGUAAAAGCUGUUUAACGAUUUAAGUGCCACGUAUGUAAUUCUCGCAUGACUUUCUCGAUUUUUAUUAAACGGCUCAACGACUGAUGUAACCAUUCUACCGCUGGCGAUAGAAAUAUCUAGCCUAGUAUUUGUUCACCAAUGCACGGAUCGUUUGCGAUUGUGACGCAAAACCAUUUCUCGCUAUCUCUAUUAAACCAGUGAACUGAUUUUACCACGGUUCCACAAGUUCUUUUUUAAUACGUUAUCUUAGCUAGAAGAGUUUAGAAAUAUUCCGGCGGACCUCGAAUGUUUGUAACGACAAGUUUUUGUAAAUACGUUGUAAGUCACUAAAUACUAUAAGUACUACACUUAUAUGAAUAAGAGCAUCUUGUCGAUCGAAGGGUUGAUACUUUUCAAAUACACACCCUUAUUGCUUUUUGACAAA